CGGGCCUGCGCGAUUCGUUGCCCACUUCCAAGAUGGCCGCUGCCGCCUCUGUGACAGCUCUGGUCACGUGGGUACUCUCGCCUAUGAGGUCGCAGGGGGCUUGGUCGGUGAUUGUCCCUUGCCGGGCUCCGUCCGAGGCGGCGACGGUCCCUGUCAACUGGAGCCUGAGCGAUCAUGGCAACGGGCUCGGGCGGGGAGCGCGUGGCAGCGGUGGCAGCGGUGGCAGCGGCGGCAAUUUGGUCGUGGGCCGGGGUGGCGGAGCGGCGGCGGCGGCGGCGGUGGCACUGGCACCGGCCCCGGCCCUGAGCGCCAUGCGGCGGGGCAGCUCGGAGAGGGAGCUGGCGGCCCGGUGGGAAGUGGAGGCGGUAGCCGAGGCCAAAGCAGAGGCAGAGGCCAGAGCGCGGGCGGCGGUGGAGCAGGUCCGCGUGGACGCGGGCGCGGCCGGGGAGCCCGAGGGCAAGGCGGAGCAGGGGCAGCCCCGGGCUCGGGCCCCCGCGCGACCCCGCGCGGCCGAGGAGGGCGAUGCCCGCGGCCCCCAGCGGCCGCCGCGCAUGCUGCCCCAGUCCAAGCCCAAGGGUUUGCCAGCGCCCGCGCGGGGCCUCGGCCAGCUCCCCAAGCCCAGGGACAAGGGCCGAGGCUGCAAGCGGAGCUCCGGCUGCCCUCCCGACGAGCGCGCGCAGCGGGCCGUCACCGUGGACAGCUCCAAGGCCAGGACCUCCCUGGACGCCCUGAAGAUCAGCAUCCGCCAGCUCAAGUGGAAGGAGUUCCCGUUUGGCCGUCGCUUGCCUUGUGACAUCUACUGGCAUGGAGUUUCAUUUCAUGACAAUGACAUAUUCUCUGGCCAAGUGAACAAGUUUCCAGGCAUGACGGAGAUGGUGCGUAAAAUUACUCUGAGCAGAGCCGUGAGGAUCAUGCAGAGUCUCUUCCCCGAAGAGUACAACUUCUACCCUCGCUCAUGGAUUCUGCCUGAUGAGUUCCAGCUCUUUGUCGCUCAGGUUCGCAUGGUGAAGGAUGGUGACCCCUCCUGGAAGCCCACUUUUAUUGUGAAACCUGAUGGUGGUUGUCAGGGUGAUGGAAUCUACCUCGUUAACGACCCCAGUGACAUCCGUCUGGCUGGGAUCCUCCAGAGCAGGCCAGUGGUGGUCCAGGAGUACAUCUGCAAACCUCUCCUUAUCGACAAGCUCAAGUUCGAUAUUCGUUUGUAUGUCUUGCUAAAGUCCUUAGACCCCUUAGAGAUUUAUAUCGCCAAAGAUGGACUCUCUAGAUUUUGUACAGAGCCAUAUCAGGAACCCAACCCCCAAAACCUGCACCAUGUCUUUAUGCACUUAACCAACUACUCACUGAAUAUCCACAGUGGCAAUUUCGUCCACUCAGACAGUACCAGCACAGGCAGCAAAAGGACUUUUUCUAGCAUUCUUUGUAGACUGUCUUCCAAAGGCGUGGACAUCAAGAAGGUCUGGUCUGACAUCAUCUCCUUGGUGAUUAAGACUGUCAUUGCCCUGACGCCAGAGCUCAAAGUUUUCUACCAGUCGGACAUCCCCACAGGGAGGCCGGGGCCCACCUGCUUCCAGAUUCUAGGCUUUGACAUUCUUCUGAUGAAAAACCUGAAGCCUAUGCUACUUGAAGUAAAUGCAAAUCCCAGCAUGAGAAUUGAACACGAGCACGAGCUUUCUCCAGGGAUAUUUGAAAAUAUCCCCAGCCUGGUCGAUGAAGAAGUGAAAGUGGCUGUGAUCAGAGACACCCUGCGCCUCAUGGACCCACUUAAGAAGAAAAGAGAGACUCAGUCUCAGCAACUCGGAAAACCAGCAGCAGGGAAGGAAGAUCUGGACAGUGAGCUGACUGGUGUAUCAGAUGCCAACCCCGAGGCCCACCUGCCCUCCAUCUGCCUCAAGCAGGUGUUCCCCAAGUAUGCAAAGCAGUUCAACUACCUGCGCUUGGUGGACAGGAUGGCAAAUUUAUUUAUCCGGUUCCUGGGAAUCAAGGGUACAAUGAAGUUGGGACCAACUGGCUUUCGUACCUUCAUACGGAACUGCAAGCUGAGCAGCAGCAGUCUGUCCAUGGCUGCCGUGGACAUUCUCUACAUCGACAUUACCAGGAGGUGGAACUCCAUGACCCUGGACCAGCGGGACUCAGGGAUGUGUCUGCAGGCCUUUGUAGAAGCUUUCUUCUUCCUGGCCCAGAGGAAGUUCAAGACAAGGCCACUCCACGAGCAGGUGGCCUCUCUGAUCGACCUGUGUGAAUACCACCUGUCCCUGCUGGAUGAAAAGCGCCUGGUGUACAGCGGAACAGCAGCACGGCGGAGAGCCAGACCCCUAAUAGAACAGUCCUCCCAGGAGACCCUCCCAGCAGCCCAGCCCGCGGGGGGCAGCCCCCCACCCUGCAUGAUCGGUGCUAAAAAGCUCUCCCACUCUGGACAUGCUCUGUCCUGAAGGCCACUAUGUCCUCCAAAAAGAAGCCUUCAGGACUGAAGAGAGUCCCAGGCUCCUGUCUGUAGAGAGCCACAGCUGCUGAUAAUUCCCAUUCAUUGUCUCUGUGUUCUGCAGAGCAUCUGUUUCCUGAAGCCAGUUCUUGCCUGCCUUCAUCACACACACCUCUUGGUGACCCGCCCUGUUUGCAAGCUAUCAGUGGACAUAUGACAUCUGAAAUGUGGCAAAUGGCACCUGUUAUUCUGGGCUUACAGGAAAUACCCACUGGGGUAAAGCUGCUAUGUCUGGGGCAGGGCAGGGAGUGGGGCACCAG